AUGUAUAAAACACAUUUAACACGACAUGUUUUGAUACAUACUACUGAUAAACCAUAUAGUUGUGAUGUAUGUAAUAAAUGUUUUAAUAAAAAGUCAACAUUGCAACGGCAUUUGAUUGUACAUACUGCAAACUUAACCCGACAUUAUUUGAUACAUAAGGGUGAUAAACCAUAUAGUUGUGAUGUAUGUACUAAAUGUUUUAACCAAAAAUCAACAUUGCAACGGCAUUUGAUUAUACAUACUGGUGAUAAGCCAUAUAGUUGUGAUGUAUGUAGUAAAUGUUUUAGUGAUACAUCAACAUUGCAAAGACAUUUAUUGAUACAUACUGGUGAGAAACCAUAUACUUGUGAUGUAUGUAAUAAAUGUUUUAGACAGAAAGGAUAUUUAACAAAACAUUUUUUGAUACAUAAUGGUGGUAAGCCAUAUAGUUGUAAUGUAUGUAGUAAAUGUUUUAACAGAAAAUCAGCACUGCAACGGCAUUUGUUGAAACAUACUGAUGACGAUCCGUAUUAA